AUCGAAAGUGAACCGAGACAUCUCUGUUACUCUUUUUCAAACUGCCAUAUCGAAAACAUAGUAAAACUGUCAAGAUACACUCUGCAAUAAUAUUGUAGAUGAAAGCAAUAGCCAAAGUAAAUGUUGACAACUAAGAUCAAGCCACAGUGAAGUUUUAAAGGGGUUGGGUUUCAUCCUGUCCUUUCAUUCUCCUACAACGGCUCAUCCUCCAUGCAGACACAAAGUUAUGAGGCGCAAGAAGCUGCUCCGCAUGCCACACAGCUCACCAUUGCUUUGAAGCGCAGAAAUUCCAAGAGUUUCCUGUAACAAGGUCGAACUCUAAUGUGAACCAGAAGCUGCUGUUUCUCUCUCUGCCUCCUCACUCUGUAGGUUAGUGGAGAGUGUGAAGUCUCGAUAUGUCUCGUCUGUGGAUCUUUCUACUUCUGUUGGCGCACUGGAUCAACGGCCCGGUGCUUUCUGCAAAAGGAGGCAAGAAAAAACACCAAGUGAAGAAUCAAAGUGGCCCUGCAACUCCCAAGGAGGACGUUGGGUCAGAUGGAGCUCCCGAGAGUCCAUCGGAGUCUGACUUCUUGGCUGAUUUUGCUGGGAAACACCGCCUGUGGGUGAUCACCGCACCAUCGCACAGUGACAACUAUCUGCGUAUGAUGGAGAAGCAGAUCCAGGAGUCUGAAGGACUGAACUGUCGCUUGGCAGAGAGAGACACGCUCAUCGUCACUAUUAUUCAGAAUGCCAUGAUGGAAGGCAAAAUCCAACGAACAACCUUGCUAGGAGAAGCCACUGUGGAGGUUAUGGACUCUGAAAUGGUAAGCAAACUUCUCCAUUACCUUGAACUGGAGGACCAUACCUUCUCCAUGCUGAUUCUGAAGAAGAACAUGAGGGUUAGUGAAAGAUUUCCUUACCCGGUUCGCGUCGAGGCCAUUCUUGAGGUCAUCGACCAGCUGCCAGUGCGAAAGUUGGAGAAGGUCGCAAGAAAGGGGUUACCAGUGAAAUGCAAGAUCACAAAGAAGAGGUUAGUGGUGAAGAAACAGGGUUCUGGCAAGCGUAGGACCUUCAGUCCACAGAAGCAUGUUAAUAUCACGUCCAUCUUCCUGACACAGAAGACACGUCUUGACAAAAAGGCAACUUUGAGAAACAAAGUACAAGAUAUUUUGAGUGGACGUUCACGAUUCGUCAUCCGUAAAGCGACAGGCAACAGCAAAGCAUCAGCUAAAGCAGGUUCAAAAUCUGGAUCUAGUGGAAAUGAGAGGCUGAAGCUCGAUGACCAGAAGAAAACUCCAGAUAGUAACAGACACCCAGAGCCAGAACGAGAAAUGAAAAAUGGACCAGAAGCAGAUAAAACACAUGUUGAUGCAAAAUUACAUUUUGACACCCUCAAUGAGGAGUUCAAUGGAGAGCAAACCAUUGACCAUUCAAGCUCCCAAAAAAAAGGCAAAGGAAAAGAUGCCAAGAAGAAAAAGGGGAAAGGAGGGAGGAGGAAGUCACAACGAGAAGCAGAUGAUAAGGAAAAGGAAGCUCUUAAAGAAUUCAUGCAAAACCUUAAAGGGAGAAGAAGACUUCUUGUGAUUUCAUCUCCAAGUGAUGUCUCAAGUCAGUAUAUCAAACAGAGAGAUGAUAAUGAGCUACAUAGCUGCGGGUUUUCCCAAAGAAAGGUCUCAGUGCUGUCCAUUAUGGGUUCAGAACGUAAUCCUACACUACACAUUCAACACUACCAACAAGAUUCCGAGUCUCCACAAGCAUCCCUGCCAGAAAAGUUCAGAAACCCUGAGUUAAUCACUGAGAUCCGCAGAGAAUAUGGGCUGGACUCCAAAAACUUCUCAAUGGUGUUGACUGACUAUGACCUGAGGCCUAACCUUAAUAGGGUUUUCAACAAGCCAACAGCUCCUUCCGAUUUACUCGAUUACAUUGACAACUUUCCAUCACGUCGGUCUGAGAAGGAAGAGGAGAGAAAACUUCCAUCACCCUGCUCUAAAGCAGAAAUGAACAAUCAAGAGGAGAACUCGCUUCUAAGGUUUAUGUCCAAACGUAGACUUCUAAUCAUCUCAGCACCUACUGUAGAUGACUUCUCAUUCCAUCAGCAGCUUCAGGCGCUUAAUGGACAGGAGUGUCCUCUGGGUAUUCGUCAUUUUGCCUUGUUGAAGAUUAUGGGUACUGGAUCGACAGCUUCAGGAACAGUGGAUUUUUUUCCAUUGAAUGGGAAAAGUCAACCCGAGAAGGAGACGCUUUCACAGGAUGUUGUGGAGAGUCUCAGAAAUCAGCUGAAGAUAAACCGUGACUACUUCAGCAUGCUGGUGGUGGGUAAGGACGGAGAUGUAAAGGUCUGGUUCCCAUCUCCAAUGUGGUCCCUGGGAAGCAUCUAUGACCUUGUGGACUCUAUGGAACUGCGACAACAGGAACAGAAACUGCAAAAAACUCUUGGAAUUCACUGUCCAGAUGAGAAUUCAGGUACUUACCAUGGUUACACAGAAGAGACAGAGGACAGCUACUUGUACCACAGAUCUGAGGACUAAAAGUCAUCACAACAAAGACAUUAGACAUACAUAUUGUGUACAUGGCAUGAAUUGGUCAUCCCUAUAUUAUGCAAUGCAAAAUUUUUACAUCUAGGACUUGUAUGAAAUUCAUACAGCUAUCUUACCUUUUGUUUGCUGUGUCCUGUAAAAUUUCACUUCCUUAAACUUAGUUGUACAUGCUACGAUGCUUAAUUAUAGCUAAAAGACAUGCGUGCAAUUCUAGUUUUUACUAAAGCUGUUAACAUUAAAGGCUAGAUUUCUAAGCUGUAGAAAAUAUAUAUACACAUAUGCAUACACACGCACACACACACACACACACAUGUAUAUAUAUAUAUAUAUAUAUAUAUAUAUAUAUA